CGGGCGGCGGAGCGCAGCAGGAACAGCACGCUGACCUCGCUGUGCGUGCUCAGCCACUACCCCUUCUUCUCCACCUUCAGGGAGUGCCUCUACAUCCUGAAGAGGCUGGUGGACCGCUGCAGCCAGCGGGGAGCCCUGCAGGCCGGGGCCGGGCCCGGGGCCGCCCAGAGGGACACCAUGUGGCGCGUGUUCACCGGCGCUCUGUCGGUGGAGGAGCGCGGCAGCCUGCUGCUGGCAGACCUCCGGGAGAUCGAGGCCUGGGUGUACCGGCUGCUGCGCUCGCCCGUCCCCGUGGCGGGCCAGCGCCGCGUGGACGUGGAGGUGCUGCCCCAGGAGCUCCGGAGGCCGCUCACCUUCGCCCUGCCCGACAACUCCCGCUUCUGCAUGGUGGACUUCCCCCUGCACCUCCCGCUGGAGCUGCUGGGGGUGGACGCCUGCCUGCAGGUGCUCAGCUGCAUCCUGCUGGAGCACAAGGUGGUCCUCCAGUCCCGGGACUACAACGCCCUCUCCAUGAGCGUCAUGGCGUUCGUGGCGAUGAUCUACCCCCUGGAGUACAUGUUCCCCGUCAUCCCCCUGCUGCCCACCUGCAUGGCGUCCGCAGAACAGCUCCUGUUGGCGCCCACCCCCUACAUCAUCGGCGUCCCGGCCAGCUUCUUCCUCUACAAAGCGGACUUCAAGAUGCCCGACGAUGUGUGGCUGGUGGACCUGGACAGUAACAAGGUGAUCGCCCCCACCCACGCAGAGAUCCUGCCCCCCCUCCCAGAACCAGAGUCCCUGGAGCUGAAGAAGCACCUGAAGCAGGCUCUGGCCAGCAUGAGUCUGAACACACAGCCCAUCCUCAACCUGGAGAAGUUCCAGGAGGGCCAGGAGAUGCCCCUGCUCCACCCCGCCCGGGAGAAGGCCUCCCCCUCCUCCACCGAGUUCAACCCCCUCAUCUACGGCAACGACGUGGACUCUGUGGACGUGGCCACCAGGGUGGCCAUGGUGCGGUUCUUCAACUCGCCCAACGUGCUCCAGGGGUUCCAGAUGCACACGCGCACCCUGCGUCUGUUCCCGCGGCCGGUGGUGGCCUUCCAGGCGUCCUCCUUCCUGGCCUCGCGCCCCCGCCGCUCCAGCUUCGCCGAGAAGCUGUCGCACACGCAGGCCGUCGAGUACUAUGGAGAGUGGGCCCUGAACCCCGGGAACCUGGCCUAUCAGAGGAUCCACAACAACGUGUACGACCCGUCCCUGAUCGGGGACAAGCCCAAGUGGUACGCCCACCAGCUGCAGCCGGUCCUGUACCGCGUGUUCGACAGCAGCUCCCAGCUGGUGGAGGCCCUGGCCGGGCCCCUGGAUGACGAGGGCAACGACUCUGACCCCACCGACAGUGGCAGUGACAGUGAGGCGUACGACGGCUCCAGCUCCUCCUACUCCUCUCUGGGCGACCUCGUGAGUGAGAUGAUCCAGGGAGACCUCCAGGGAGGGACGCCAUGCCUGGACCCGCCCUCCCACGCCGCCCUGGGGGACCCCAGCGAGGUGGAGUUCCAGGACCUCCCGCCGCUCAGGGAGGGGCCGGGGCUCGAGGGCCCCCCCGGCGCAGACCCCUCCGCCGCCGAGCCCCCCGACGGCCAGCCCCUCCGCUCCUCCUCCAGCACCACCGCCAGCUCCUCGCCCAGCACCGUCAUCCAGGGGCUCCACCAGCAGGGGGAGCCGGAGGAGCCGGGGGAGAUGGAGGCCUCCGCCGCCGCCGCCCUGCAGAACCCGGUGCCCGGCCUGGGGGGCCUGGGGGGCCCGGUGGGGGGCCCCUUCCCCAGGAUCACCACGGACGCAGCCCCCGAGCCCGCCAAGGACAAGAAGGCCGAGUAUGACAACCCGUACUUUGAGCCGCAGUACGGCUUCCCCUCGGAGGACGACCCCGAGGGGCAGGUGGAGUCGUACACGCCCCGCUUCAACCAGAGCCUCAACGGCAACAAGUCCCAGCGGCCCUUGCGUCCCAGCAGCCUGCGUCUCCCGGGGGAGUCGGACGGCGAGGGGGACUCGCGGACCAGCUCGCCCAACUCCACCAUCUCCAACAACAGCAACGACGGCUUCGGGGGCCUCAUGUCCUUCGCCAAUGUGGACGCGUUGUCUCUGGGUGGCAAUGGUCCCACGGAGUCCUUCAGUAAUCUGUACAAGAACCACGGGAGCAACUUCAGUCUGUCCAACCUGGCCAUCCCCAACAAGGGGGCCCGAGAGAAGGCCACCCCCUUCCCCAGCCUCAAAGAUGAGCCUGACAGCCCGGUAUUUGGGCUAAAUUCUCUAAUGGAGAUAAUAUCAGAGGCUGGCCCGGGGAGAGGAGAAGGAGCCCGGGCCCCGCGUGCGCUGGUGGACCAGAAGUCAUCGGUGAUCAAGCACAGCCCCACGGUGAAGAGGGAGUCGCCGUCGCCCCAAGGCCGCAUCAGCAACACCAGUGAGAACCAGCAGUUCCUGAAGGAGGUGGUGGGCUCGGUGCUGGAGGGGCAGGGCGUGGGCUGGCUCAACAUGAAGAAGGUGCGCCGCCUGCUGGAGAACGAGCAGCUGCGCGUUUUCGUGCUGAGCAAGCUGAACCGCGCCGUCCAAUCAGAGGAGGACGCCCGACAGGAGGUCAUCAGAGACGUGGAGGUGACCAGGAAGGUGUAUAAGGGAAUGCUGGACAUCUUGAAGUGCACGGUGUCGAGCCUGGAGCACUCGUACACCAACGCGGGCCUGGGCGGCAUGGCCAGUGUCUUCAGCCUGCUGGAGAUCGCACGCACGCACUACCAGACCAAAGACCCUGAGAAGCGUAAGCGAAGCCCGACGGACGGCAGCCCGGGCAGCACGGAGAGCCCCCCGGGGCCGGCGCCGGCCCCCCGGGCCCCCCAGGGCCCGCUCGCCGUGCCGCGGCUGCAGCUGCCGCCCCCCCACCACGCCGCGCAGGGCAAGGGGCUCCGCAGCUUCGACACGCGCAGUUUGAACGAGGAGAACUUUAUCGCCUCCAUCGAAUUGUGGAGCAGGCACCGGGAUAAGCAAAGUGCUUUGGAAAAACCACAGAGGUCGGACGGGAAGCAGCCGCGCCCCGAGACCACCGACACCGAGGAGAAGAAAUCCCAGAUCAGCGCCGACAGCGGGCUCAGUGUGACCUCCGGCUCUCAGAAGAGCGACACGGAGUCUGUGAAGGGCACCGAGCCCCCGGCCCUGACCAGGAGCACCAGCCAGGACUCUGAGGCCAGCACCGUGAUCAGCAACAGCUCGGGGGAGACGAUGGGCGCGGACAGCGACCUGAGCAGCACGGCGGGCGACGGGCCGGGGGGCCGCGCCUCGCUGCACCUCGCCACCUCCCGGGGGACGCUGUCCGACAGCGAGAUCGAGACCAACCCGGCCACCAGCGCCGUGUUCGGGAAGACCCACAAGCUGAAGGUGGCGUCGGCCAAGGAGCCGGUGCGGCCGGUGAGCCGGGCCCCCCCCCCCGCCGCCCCCCUGGAGGACGUCAGCAUGAGGAUCUACCUCUGUGAAGGGCUACUUGGGCGGGACAAGAGCUCGGUGUGGGACCAGCUGGAGGACGCUGCCAUGGAGACCUUCUCUCUAAGUAAGGAGCGCUCCACGCUGUGGGACCAGGUGCAGUUCUGGGAGGACGCCUACCUGGACGCGGUGAUGCUGGAGCGCGAGGGCAUGGGGAUGGACCAGGGCCCGCAGGAGAUGAUCGAGAGGUACCUCUCGCUGGGAGACCACGACCGCAAGCGUCUGGAGGAGGACGAGGACCGGCUGCUGGCCACUCUGCUGCACAACAUGGUGGCCUACAUGCUGAUGCUGAAGGUGAGCAAGAACGACAUCCGUAAGAAGGUGCGUCGUCUGAUGGGCAAGUCUCACAUCGGGCUGAGCCACAGCCAGGUCAUCAACGAGCUGCUGGACAAACUGGCCGACAUGAACGGCCGUGAGAUACCCAUAAGGCCGAGCGGCAGUCGCCACAUCAAGAAGCAGACGUUUGUGGUGCAUGCUGGGACGGACACCACAGGGGACAUCUUCUUCAUGGAGGUGUGUGACGACUGCAUCGUGCUGCGCAGUAACAUCGGCACGGUGUACGAGCGCUGGUGGUACGAGAAGCUCAUCAACAUGACCUACUGCCCCAAGACCAAGGUGCUCUGCCUCUGGCGGCGCAACGGCCAGGAGACCCAGCUCAACAAGUUCUACACAAAGAAGUGUCGGGAGCUGUACUACUGUGUGAAGGACAGCAUGGAGAAGGCGGCCGCCCGGCAGCAGAGCAUCAAACCAGGGCCCGAGCUGGGCGGAGAGUUCCCCGUCCAGGACAUGAAGACGGGGGAGGGGGGGCUGCUGCAGGUCACCCUGGAGGGCAUCAACCUCAAGUUCAUGCACAGCCAGGAGCGGAAGGUUUUCAUAGAGCUGAGUCACAUUAAAAAGUGCAAUACAGUGAAGGGAGUCUUUGUCCUGGAGGAAUUUGUUCCUGAAACUAAAGAAGUGGUGAUCCACAAGUACAAGACGCCCAUGGCCCACCAGAUCUGUUACUCGGUGCUCUGCCUCUUCUCCUACGUGGCCGCGGUGAAGGGGAAAGAGGACGGCAGACCCAAGCUCCUGUCCCCCCGACCUGUGUCUCCCAGACCCCCGUCCCCAAGACCCCUGCCCAGCUAGUCCUCUCCGUCGGACCCCCCCCCCCCUACGUGCCUCUCUGCUCUCCCCUCUGACAAUCCCCCAAAGCGUCCCUCUAAGCACACUCCCCUGACCCCUUUGACCCCCUUUCUUAUCUGUGGUCGUCUGAACAGACCUAGAGGUGUUCCUAGGUCCUGGUGUAUCGUGGUGUUCCUCCCCCCCCCUUGUAAUUAAGAAAUGAAGACGGAGCUGAACGCUGUCGCUCCACUACGGGCCCGGACCACGUCCUGUAGGGUCCCCUCGCCCCAGAGGAGACCCCCCAGGGCGGGCAUCCAGGUCCUGUGCACCACCCUGAGACCCCCCCUCCC